AUGGCUGAUUUGGACGCCCUUUUCCAGACACAAGAAAGCGAGGUGGCACGUGACCGCGAGAUUGCCCGCGUGCUCCGGUGCCCGGCCAAGGACCACUUCGCCAUAUUGCAAAUCAACCCGCUAACGGAGCACGCCUCGUUGGCCGCAACGCUCCGCAAAACCUACCGCAAGAAGUCGUUGCAGAUCCACCCCGACAAGACGAAAAACAGCGAUGCUCCGCGCGCUUUCGACCUCCUAAAAAAGGCCAACUCGGUGCUUUCGGCAGAGCCCCCGAGCACCUCCAGCGGAGCCAACGGGGACCACGAAGACCAGCACUCACUACUGGAGGAAAACGCUCGAUACGCCCAAAAAGAGUAUCUUAUACUGAUUUACAAGCAGGUUGCCGACGGGCUCGGCGCCUUCCAUGUAGACGACUUCCACCACGCAACCAACCGCGCCAUCCGGGACAAAGUUCUGCUUGUGUUGGAGCAACACGAAAAGGACCGGGCCGUCGAGACAGGGUACAAGCAGCGGCAGGAAAUCAAAAAACAGACGGAGUUCCAGACUGCUGCAAAGGAGCGGGAACUCAAAAAGUCCUGGGAGACCCGCUGGGAACAAGACAGAGACACGCGCGUCAAGCUGUGGAGAACCUUCUCUACAAAGGUGGAAAAGCCAAAGAAAAAGAAGAAGCUUCUAGCGUAG